AUGUACAGACCAAGACCACCAAUACGUCCACUUCCUCCUCCUGCUGCUGCUGCUGGAGCCGGUGCUCUUGGCGGAGUAUUAGGUGGCUUAGGCGGUGCUGUCACUUGUAUCUGCUGUCUAGCAGCCAUUGGCCUUCUUGGACUUUGGGCGACAUUUAUUCCAUUUGUUGCCUUUUUCAAAUAUGCAUGGGAUCAAGAAACAAGAGCUUUCGGUAGUGGUCCAAGUCUUCAAAAUUUUCAACAAAUUGUUAUUCUUCUUGCUAUCUGCUUAUUGACAAUUCGUUUUGUCAAGCGGCAAAUCAAUACAUAA